AUGGACGUAUAUGUCCAGAUCACGGGCCUGGACUCGGGAAAGACACGCGGAGUAAAGGCGUUGCUCGAUAGCGGCUGCAGUACCUGCUGCAUCGAUACCGACUACGCACGGGCAGAGAAGCUGGAUAUCCAGGAGCUUCCACAACCCAUUGUGGCUCGUAACGCCGACAACACCAAGAACAUCAGCGGUCGAAUCACGCAUUAUGUCGACCUAAGGAUGAGAAUCGGUCCUCAUGUGGAGACGCGCACGUUCCUUCUGACGUGCUUAGGGAAGGCCCGGAUCUUCAUUGGCCUUGAUUGGCUGACGGAACACAACCCCGAGGUGGAUUGGCAAGAGCAGACGAUGAGAUUCAGCCGAUGCCCAGAGCGGUGUCACAUGAGGGGUCACGAGGAGCACCAAGCAAUGAUCGACAUGGAUGCAAUUGACCUGGGCGCGGACGCACCGGACCUGGAGGAAGGAGAAUCGAUCCUGUUGGUCGACUUUGGGAAGGAAGUGGACUUACGGCUGAAGGAAACGCCGGCGCAGAAACUCGCAGAAGAAGCGGAAAAGGAGAAGGAGAGGAUGACCGAGGGGAAGAUUCCGGAUCAAUAUCGGGAAUUUGUCAAAGUAUUUGCCAAGGAAUCGUUCGACUCGCUGCCGGAUCGACGAGCAUGGGAUCAUGCGAUUGAACUCAAACCGGGCUCCAAAGCGGUGGACUGCAAGGUGUACCCCUUAUCGCGGAACGAGCAGGUCAAACUCGACGAGUUCUUGCAAGAGAACCUGGCCAGUGGACGGAUCAGGCCAUCAAAAUCACCCAUGGCGUCAGCAUUCUUCUUUGUCAAGAAGAAGGAUGGCUCGCUACGUCCCGUCCAAGAUUAUCGGAAGUUGAACGAGAUGACGAUCCGAAAUCGAUACCCGCUGCCGCUGAUCUCCGAACUGGUCCAUAAUCUAUGUGGCGCCAAGUUCUUCACAAAGCUUGACAUCCGAUGGGGAUACAACAACGUACGGAUCAAAGAGGGCGACGAAUGGAAGGCUGCAUUCUGCACAAACCGUGGGCUGUAUGAGCCCUUGGUUAUGUUCUUUGGCCUCACGAAUUCUCCGGCAACCUUCCAGAACAUGAUGAACGACAUACUCCGAGGACUGAUCAACGAGGGUCACGUGGUAGUUUAUCUCGACGAUAUUCUGAUCUUCACAGAAACCUUGGACGAACAUCGGCGGAUCACGAAACGAGUACUCGAAUUACUCCAAAAACACAAAUUGUACCUGAAACCCGAUCUUCUUCAGUUGAGCCUUUGCUGGCCAGAAAUUUCAUCAAAUAAAAUACUGUGUUGCACAACAGUAGUGUGA